AUGUACAUCAAACCCUGGUUGGGGUUGGGCCUCAGGAAACGGCGGAAAAGAUGGGUUCCGACCGACUUCCUGGUCCUGGUGGUGCUGCUGAGUUACGUCAUCAGAUCGGAUGCACAAGAUCUCACUCAGGCCAGCUCAUCCGACGUCUUGGACUGUUCCAGUCUUUUCGACGAUGACGUCAUUGACGUUUCCGACGACGUCAUGGAAGUCGUGGCCAGCGACCUGCAGCUUCUGGUCGACUGCCUGCCCGGCGGCGGCACGCUGGCCCUGGGAGUCGCCGAGGUCACGCCGACGCGGCCGUUGACCAUUACGAAACCGUUGACUAUUACUAAUGGCGGUCAAACGGUCAACGUCACGUGCCCGUCAGGAGGUUUUCUGGACAUAAGGUCUGGUGACGUCACCGUGUCCGGGUUCCACAUUCGCAACUGCACCGGCACCGCCAUCCGCGCCUCGGACUGCCCCACAAACGGCCCCAUCGCUUUGACUUCGUUGACUUUGGUCAACAAUCGCGGGUCAGUCAACGGCGGUGGUCAAAGGUCAACUGGAGCCUCCGCUAACGAUACCAGCGGCGUCAUCUCCGUGAGCGGCCCCUGUACCAUUGACCUGGUCAACGCCAACAUAUCAGCCAACGCCCACAGAGCGCUGACCCUCGGGUCGGGGGCAGCGGCUACAAUUUCCAGCUGCAGUUUUUUGGCCAACGAGGAGAGGGACACCGGCGGAGCCGUCUUGGCGGAGGGGGGAGCGAGCUUGACCGUGCGGAACUGCACCUUCGCGGACAAUUCAGCGGCAAGGGGAGGGGCCAUUCAUCUGAAAGACGACGCCACUGCUACCAUCGACAACUGCACACUCUCCGGCAAUAACGUCAAGCUGGUCAACGCGUCGAGCCCCGACCGCCCCUCGUCACCGAAUGGACCCGGCAGGGGAGCUGGGGCGGGCGGCGGGCCCCAAGGCCCGGCGCCUGCCUCCACACCUGGAGGCGGGGGCGGAGGUGGCGGCGGCGGUGGCAGCGGCGGUGGAAGUCAACAGCUGGACAACGCACCAAGUGGUGGCGGUGGUGGUGGCGGCCGUGGCGGUGGUGGGAGUGGAGGUCAACAACAAAAUUCGAAUGUCACUUCCAACUUGCUGAGCUUCAGCAACACUGGUGGCGCCAUCCUCGCCAACGGCGGCGUCCAAUUGAAUGUGACCAGCUGUGUGUUCUUGAGGAAUGACGGGGACUCUGCGGGUGGAGCUAUCGCAGCUUCGGAGCGCGUGGUGAUGAACAUUGGAAACUCCGUUUUCAGAAGAAACACUGCCUUCGGCGAUGGCGGCGCCAUUUUUGGUGUGGUGGAAGUUGCCAUGAAUGUGUCGAAUUCGAGUUUCGAGAGGAACACCGCCACGGGCGAAGGCGGACAGGGAAAGGGGGGAGCGAUGUUUCUGUGGAACAAGACGGACGUCUCCAUCGCGGGCUCCUCGUUUUUGAACAACAUGGCCAGGGAGUCGGGUGGCGCCAUCCACGCACUGAGACCCAUAUUCUCGGGACAGCUCUCUGAGCUUAACAUCACGGCCACGGAAUUUGUCGGCAACGUCGCGGGAGAGCCCCUCUCUCGCCAGAAAACUCCAAGCGGCGUCUUGCCGGUAAAAUCUGGGUUUGGCGGCGCCAUUUUCUUGGGCCUGGACGACCCGCGGGCCCCAAGGGCCGAGGGGGAGCUCAACAGCGUGAUGACUAAUGGCGUGACUUUCGCCAACAACAGCGCCGGGCAGGGUGGCGGCCUGGCAUCCGUGAGGGCCGCGCUCCUCCUCAUGGAGUCCGUCGAGUUCGUCGGAAAUUGGGCUCUGGACGGGGGCGGCUGCCACGUGGAGCUCAACAGGAGAUCCAGGUUUGUUGGUGAAGUGGCUGGAGGCGGCGGCGGCGGCGGCGAUGGCGGUGGCAGAAGGGGAGGAGGCAACUCGAACGACCCCGGUGGCGCCGAAGAGGGCGAUGGUAAUCGGCUUGCAGUUGCACGCGCCCAAGGCACCAACCUCAGCUUCCGCGCCAACGCGGCCCUCCGCGGCGCGGGCCUCUUCGUCUUCAAGUCCGUGGACACCGCCCCCGCCAACACGCGCGUCUCAAACGAGGACGGCGACACGACCCCCAAGCUGGGAUUCGCGGGCAUCAGCGACACGGAUGACGUGGUUUUGACCCGCGUUGAAUUUUUGGCCAACGUUGCGUUGACUUUCGGCGGCGGCGUGCACGGGGAGGGCACCCGGGUGAACUGCACGGGCUGCAAAUUUGAAGGGAAUGAGGCGGCGAGGGGCGGCGGGGGGGCGGUGGCGUUUUUUGGGAACUCCGUGCUGCAGGCUCGCCAGGUGCAGAUGACGGACAACAGCGCCACCGAUGGUGGGGCCGUGCACGCGGUCAACGCUCUCGUUGACCUCGUCGACUCGGUCGUCGAAAACAACACCGCCGAGGAGCUUGGCGGCGGCCUAUUUGUGGACAUCCCGGGAGAUGCAGCGUUCCAAUUCGGGAUAGCCGGGCGCGCUGAAAACGUCACAUUCGAGGGCAAUCGGGCUCGCAUAGGAGGGGGCAUGUACUUUGCGCUCGCGGACCCGCCCUCACUGCUGCUGCCCGCCGGCGAUCAAGUCAACUGCAGCGACCUGGAUUCCUCCGACGCGUCAGUUUCUAGGUCCCUAGAAAUCGGAGCCGCGUGCUUCGAGGACACCCAGGGGCGGGACUCCAAUCGCACGUGGUUUCUGACGGGGGCGGCGUUCGUCAACAAUGAGGCCAACGCCACGGGCGGCGCGGUUUUCGCGACAAAAGGCAGCUCCGUGCGCCUGUGCUGCGCCACAACCCCCGACUGCAGUCUCGAUUUGGUCAACGUGCCCCGCGAGGACGCUGUGGGGAACCUGCUGUCCAGCGGCAUGGCCACCUUCGGCCCGGCCACCGCCUUCCUGGUAGACUCCGGCGACCCCUGCCCGGACACCUGGAAUGGCAACUCGGUGACUGAUCAGUCCCGAACCGUUGCGACAGCUGCCAGCACCAUCCAGGCGUGCCGGUUCGCGGAUGGCCAAAAAGUCAACGUCACGUGCGUUGACGGGUCAACGACACCGUUGACUUUGGUCAACCAGACCAGCGGCGCCGUGGUGGACCCCUUCUGGCUGGUGCUUCUGGAUGACUUCCAGAACCCUGCGCGCGGGGAGAACGGGACGCUCGCCAGCAUCUCAAUUUCGAAUUUGAGCUCGAUGGUGGAUUUGGGCGGGCAGCUGAUCGAGCAGGCCGCAGGGCUCAUGAACUUCACCGACGUGCGCCUCACAGCGCCAACCGACGCCACUUACAACUUGAAUUUGAAUUUCGAACCGCCAGUACUUAAGCCGGUGUUGAUAUCGGUGCACGUGCGGGGCUGCGCUCCCGGGGAGGUGGCCCGCGACGGCGGCCUACGCUGCGAGCGCUGUCUGGAGGGGCUGUUCAGCUUCGGCGUUGACCUCGUGCAGAGUGUGCCCGGCGGGUGCGGCGUGCGUGGGGAGCACUGUGGCGCCAGCGGACGGGCGGUGGCAGGUGGGGUGUCGUCCAAGAAGUAG